GGAACAAGAAGGAAUCAUGGCAAGAACCAAGCAGACCGCCCGUAAAUCUACCGGAGGCAAAGCCCCCAGGAAGCAGCUGGCCACCAAGGCUGCCCGCAAGAGCGCGCCGGCUACCGGCGGCGUGAAGAAGCCCCAUCGUUACAGGCCCGGUACCGUGGCCCUGCGAGAGAUCAGGCGCUACCAGAAGUCCACCGAGCUGCUGAUCCGCAAGCUGCCCUUCCAGCGCCUGGUCCGUGAGAUCGCUCAGGACUUCAAGACCGACCUGCGUUUCCAGAGCUCCGCUGUCAUGGCUCUGCAGGAGGCCAGCGAGGCCUACCUGGUCGGCCUAUUCGAGGACACCAACCUGUGCGCCAUCCACGCCAAGAGGGUGACCAUCAUGCCCAAAGACAUCCAGCUGGCUCGCCGCAUCCGAGGAGAGAGAGCUUAGAUUGUCUGCAGCUCCACAAAAACCACAAAGGCUCUUUUAAGAGCCACCUCAUUCCCACCAGAGAGCUGCUGUCCUACUCUGUGUCAUACAGACUUUAUACAACAUGUUACAAUCAAAGCA